AUGGAUAUUAAUUCAUCGUAUGAUAAAAUUUCCCACGACUACUCCUUCAAUAACUCCGAUGACACUGACUUAGCUAUUUUAUUACCUAUUUUAGUAACUUUUAUCGCUAUUAUCAUGACUACUGCAAUGGCUGGCAAUCUCUAUAUCUUUUAUGCCAUUUAUAGAUGCCGUAGCUUGCACAAAACAUCGUCGUUUUUGAUUGCAAAUUUGGCCGUUGCAGACAUAUUAACAGCAAUAAUUGUUUUACCACCUAUGGCCUAUUCGGCUAUUCAAGGUAAAAUGCUAUUUAAUGAUACAUUUUGUCAAAUAUCAGCAUACAUUAAUUAUAUCAUAUUUGGAGCUUCAUUAAAUACCAGCAUUACCAUCACGAUGGAUCGAUUUGUAGCAGUACUUUGGCCUUUCCGAUAUGAGCGUAUAACAACACCAUCUAGGACAGCUUUUAUGAUUAGUACGUCAUGGCUAUUUCCAUCAAUUGUAGCUAUGCUACCCUUAUUAUCAUUACAACGUUAUGGUUUAGGACGAUAUAGGUAUACAAAUAGUACUUAUUACUGUGGUAUUGACUUACACGAUUAUCAAGAUAAUUACCUAUUUAAUGUAAUUUCAGCCGCAUCAAUUUUAAAUAGCGUAGCUGUGGUAGCUAUUGCUUAUCUCUUUAUUUUUCGCGUUGCAUAUAAGAAAUGGGUAAAAAGUCAACAAAAAUCGAUAGAUAUUAAAGGAAACAAAGAAGCAAGUUUGCUUAGAACAGUACGUACAACGGCUUUAAUUGUUGGUACUAAUAUCUUAUGUUGGUUACCCGCAGUUAUACAAGUUCUCAUAUAUACCAUUAAUCCUCCUAAUCAACUUGCUAACAAAGUGGAUGUUUUAGGUAUCAUUUUCGUAUGGCUACCAUAUACAAAUUGUGCUGUUAAUCCAAUUAUUUAUAUCUCUUCUAACUCUCGGUUACGCAACCUAGUGAUUAAGCAAUGGGAAUAUUAUCGAAGAAAUAUAAUGUGUUUUAAAUUCUGCCAUCCUCGCAAUAAAAAUGUAAUUGGUCCAUGGUUGACAUCAGAACCAUCGAAUUCCUUUCAUUUAUAG